AUGGGCAUAAAUAAGAAAUCAGUAGGCGAGGUGGAAAUUGGAAGCACCAAUCCGGACACAAUGCCGUACAUUGAUGAUGAUACACGUGUGGACGAUAUAUAUUGUCCGCCAAUGAGCUGUUACGGGCCGAAGUGUGACGGUACCAUGAACGGCCGCUUCACAACCACUUAUAAGCAAGGCAAUACAGUGCAGGAGUUAUCUCACAUCCUCGUUAUUGUUCCUUACGGCGAACUCUUUGAAAAAAAACUAAAAUUUACGUUUUCGCAAGCAAUGGAGCAAGCCAAAAUGGGAAAAACGAAUGUUUUGCAGAUCCGCGCACUAAACGAUAGUGAGGAGGAUGAGGUAAUGGAAAAGGACUUGCCUGAGGAAGAGCCAAAAAAGCCCGAAAUCGCUACCAGUGACAAAGAUGGUGCAGAAGAAACCGCUCCUGAAGUCGCUCCGAUGGAGGAAGAAUCUGGUGCAGACGUUAGUGCUACUGGUGGUGAAAAACACGAUGAUAAUCCAUUCGAGUACUCAACCGAACAGUUGCGAUUGCAUGGGCGUCACAUUGGUGCAUAUGAUGUCCAGAGGCCACGUCUGCACACGGUUGAUGGUGUUGGUUUGGAUCGUUCUGGUGAGUCUAUCAGUGAGUACUACAGUGGAUACAUCGGUCCAUCCUUUCUGACACUGGCACCCUGGCCACUUUAUACUCGUGGUCAUCUGCGCCGUUUCUCGCCUCAUGCUUGCUUUGAUCAGCGAUCACCUCGUGUUCGGCUUGCUCAUUUCCUUUUCUCGAAGAGAGCUGCUAAACUCAUAACUUAUGAUUGUCCUUCAGCUGACCUGCUGACGAAUUUCCGACACAUCACCACAACGGUCAUCAACAUCAGUGCGGUUGUACCCGAUCCGAACAAUACGCUGUUAUCGCGCAGCAUCCUACCGGACAAGUUUGACGGGCGGGAAAAGUACGCGCAAGGAUAUCUGAGGCCAACCGCAGACACUCGUCUUGUUAGUUCAAAUUUUUGUUUUUUUUUUUGGUUUGUGUAUUUGGGGCUUCUUUAUUUCUCAUUUGGGACGUUGCCAUUACUUGAAAUUGCAUAA